CUUUGCAGAGAUUUUUACACGCAUACUCAUCGCUAGCGGUUUUACUCUCCCCGUUUUUACUCUUGUUCUUGUUCUGCAUUGUUUCUUCUGGUUAGGUGGGCAGAUGCCUCUAGUUUUGUAGCUUUCCUCCUUUUACCUCUCUCUCUCUCAUGAUUUCGUUUUUCUCUCUGUUUUUGUGGCGGAUAAACCGCCGAGACUGCCUUCUCUCUCCCUAAUCCAGAUCCCAAAAGCUAACGCAAAGACGGAAAGGCAAGAAACUCUCUGUAGAAACAAUCGAACUUCCGUUGCGUAUAAGAUCUCAUUUUCUUCAUUCUUUUGCAUAUUUGGCUCUGCAAAUCAAGCUUAGCUUCCAACUCUGUCAAGCAAUCUUGAUGCAUAAUAUCUACAACACACUUUUCUGCUUCGGCUCUCUCUUCUCUAUUUUGGCCCUUUCUGUCUGUAUUAGCAAUAAAUGUGAUGGAAGAGGUGCAGCGUUGGGACGAGCUGAUACCUGAUGCGCUAGGGUUAAUCUUCAGCAAUCUUUCUCUGGAAGAGAAACUAACAGUGAUUCCCAGGGUGUGCAAGUCUUGGAACAAAGCAGUGUCUGGCCCGUAUUGCUGGCAGGAGAUAGACAUCGAGGAAUGGAGUUGUCAAUGCGAGCCUGAUCACCUCGAUCGUAUGGUUCGUAUGCUGGUCGCAAGGAGCUGUGGAUCGCUCCGGAAACUUUGUGUUUCGAGCCUCUGCAAUUAUACAACUUUCUCCUUCAUUGCUGAGCAUGCUGGUUCUCUUCAGAUGUUGCAGCUGCCUAGAAGCGAGAUAAGUGAUUGUGUGGUUGAACAGAUGGCGGGGAAGCUCUCUACUGUUACUUUCUUGGAUGUAAGCUAUUGUAGUAAAAUUGGCGCUCGGGCUCUGGAGGCCAUUGGAAAGCACUGUAAGUUUCUUGUGGGGCUGUGCCGAAACAUGCACCCAGCAGGCGAGCUUUCACAAGAGGACGAGGCUCUUGCCAUUGCCACCAGAAUGCCAAAGCUUAAGCAACUUGAAAUGGCUUACAAUCUUACCACUACAGAAAGUGUACUAAGGAUCCUCUCAAGCUGCAAGGAGCUUGAAUUGUUGGAUUUGAGAGGGUGCUGGGAUGUGAAACUUGACGAUAGAUUCGUUAAAGAAAAGUUCCCCAAAUUGAAAGUUUUGGGACCUCUCGUGGUGGACUACUAUGAGAUGAACGAGUGGGAUGAUUGGUCCGAGUACUCGGAUGCAGCGACGGACUACUUUGCGUGGGACUUUAUAGCUGAUGAAGUGGAAGAUUAUGAUGAGGAUGAUGACAGCUUUGAUGGAAUGUGGGAUGAUGAAGUCAGGCUAGAGGAGCUCGAGCUAAGGUUCUAUGAAGGAGGUCAUGAAGAUUUGGGAAUGCAUGGUUGGCCUCAAUCUCCAUAGGUUCUGUUUCCACCCAACUUUAUCAAACUCUUUCAUGUAUCUAGCAAGUAGAAUGCUUCAACUUUGGAACUUCUACAUGCUAUAUGAUAUACGUUUUAAUUGGAAUGGAGUUGUUUGGAUUGUGUAUUACUUCAUUGUCCUACUUCUCUCUUAAUGAGACUAAGCUUGAUGAUAUUAGAAGCA